CUCUUACAGAAACGGGCCAAGCACAGACGAAAAGGCCAGCGGAGACAAAACCCUCGAGACGAACAAGAGGUUAUUCUUGUCGUGGCCUGUGGCAGGAUUUGUCACAUUGUGAUACUUGUAAGGAGCUUUUUGUCCCCUUUUUGUGAGAACGCACAUUGUCCAUAUCUUGCCGACUUGGCAGCGGCGAGAGCAAGACUUCGAAGAUGCCGGUAGAGCUCCCGGGGUUCUAUUUUGACCCCGAAAAGGGCAAAUACUUCAAGAUAGAAGACAGCAAAACGGCACCAACGACUCGCUACACCAAUAACGAUGUAAAGCGUCGUCGUCUUCUCGAGGAGAAGAAGCGUGUAGAAGAGGAAAAGGCAAAGAGGCUACUUGCGUUCCCUCGAAAACUAAAGCGAGCAAAGAUCCUGCAAGACCCUCUUCUGGGAGGGUUCCUGGAAAGAGAGACAGCCCAGGAUAGGCCAGUGCUUCACAAUGGCCGAGAUGACGAUACGGUGAUAAAAUCAUGGGCCAGAGGGUUGAGUGACAAGGGAAAGGUCGACCUCUGGCCGGACCUGAUUCAAAACGGGAUCAUGAUUGGAACCAUUUCUCACUUGUGGGUUGGAGGUUCGGACUCGAGGACAGGGCUGGGAGUUACUUAUGCCGCGGUUGACGACGACUCCUUGACGAGCUCGUACAUCCCGAGGGAUGGGGCUGAUGAAAUCAACUUCGCCUACGCGAACGUCAGAUACAGGCGGACGGAUUUCAUGCCAAUGCCGGAAACAAUCACCAUUCCUCAGCUCUCCUCGCUCAGAUUUCAUGAGCCAUCCGGUCGGAUGUUCCUCACAUCUAGGAUGCCGACGCGCACUCCCUCCAUCGCUUGGUUCUCUCCAAGUCAAUCCGAGCCUCCCAUAGAAGAAGAGGAGCGGCCGACAUGGCAGCUGGGCAACUCCCCCAACCUAAUCAAAAUCUCCGCGCCCACCCCCAAGGGUACCAAAUACGGUGUCAUCAACACCUCCUGCCCGGCACCCUCCUACUCCCGCCUCACCUGCAUCGCCGGCGGCGACGUCGGUCUCCUCCAACUCACCAACGACUCCCGCCUAAGCUGGCUAACCAAGCCUCCACCGCCAUCCUCCUCCUCCAAGACCAACCAUGACUCAGCACCACCCAUGGCCAAGCACGGCGAAGUCCUCAGCCUCGAUUUUUUGACAGUCAACCCAGCCGAAGUGAUCCUCGUCGGCGGACGCACCGGCCGCGUCUGCGUGCUGGACAUGCGCGUCCCCGAGGAGGAAUGGGGCUGGAUCAAGCACCCCAGCAGUGCGGCGCACGUCCGCUCUGUCGGGAGCCACGGGGUGCUGGUGGCGGGUCCUAUGAGCGCCAUGCGUCUGUAUGACAUCCGGUGGUGCAAGACUGAAAAGGGUAGCACCAUCAGUGAUAAUGACGGCGGUGACGGUACUACUAGUAUUGAUACGGUUAUGGAUUGGCAACCCUCGCGGUCUGGCUCCGGUCCUGGUAGCAGCAGCAGAAGCAGCAAAAACAAACCCUAUCACAACCACCAGAAACCACCACAACAACACCGACCCAGGACAAGAAAACCAACCCCCUUCAACCCCCUAACCAUGUCCACCCCCACCACCCCCAUCCUCACCUUCCCCUCCUACCGCAACGCCGAAAACAUCCACAUCGGCUUCGACGUCCUCUCCUCGCCGCACUACACUCCUUACAACCUCGCGGCCGCCGCGCACGACGACGGGACGGUGGGACUUUACUCCUUGCUCGACGGCUCGCGCGUGCCGAGCAAGACGAUCGAUAGGAUCGGUUUCUCGGGAUUCGGGGGAGACGAUGAUGAUGAUGCAGAUGCAGAUGUAGGACCGUAUGAUGCUUUCAGCAGGGGGAACGUGAUCAAGAGUUUGAUGUUUCAGACGUUACCGGGCGAUAGACAUCCGAGCUUGUUUGUGGGUGAAGGGCCGAGGAUUAAGAAGUACUCGUUUGGGGUGGAGACUAGUAAGGGGAGGAAGAACAAGAAUAGGACGGCGAGGGUGGAGGAGGGUUAUGGCUGUGAAGAGGAGUUUUGAGGACAUUGCGAAGUGAGGAAGGUUAUCUGCGAUCGAUGAAUUACGACGCGUUGUUACGGGCGUCGCGAAAGAAAAGUAUAUGCUGUUAGAACCUGGGCACGGAUAGAGUCGGUAUAGAAUUAGCAUAGUAGCGUUGAAAAU